AUGCCGAGUCUUGUCUGGGCCUCAGACUUUUACUCCCUGCUGCUCUUCCACGUGGUCACCAACGAUACCGCCAGGGGAGACAUGGAGCGUAUCAAGCACGACUACAUUGCUGUAGGCCUCCCAGUUCAAGCGCGGCCCCCGCGGCAGCUCUGGGUGUGGAUGAACUUCGAGUCGCCCUCGCACUCGCCCGGCCUGCGAGGGCUGGCCGGCCUCUUCAACUGGACCAUGUCCUACCGGCGGGACUCGGACGUCUUCGUGCCCUACGGGUACCUCUAUGCCCCACCGGCGCCCCGGCCCUUCGUCCUGCCUCGCAAGACGCGGCUGGUGGCCUGGAUCAUCAGCAACUGGAACGAGGAACAUGCCCGGGUGCGCUACUACCGCCAGCUGAAGGAGCACCUCGCCAUCGACGUGUACGGGGCACGGGGGCUGGCGCUGUCUGAGGGCGGCGUGGUGGAGACCGUCUCAGCCUACAAGUUCUACCUGGCCUUCGAGAACUCCCAGCACACCGACUACAUCACUGAGAAACUCUGGAGAAACGCCUUCGCCGCCAGCGCCGUGCCCAUCGUCCUCGGACCCCGCAGGGCAAACUACGAGCGCUUCAUCCCCCCUGACUCCUUCAUCCACGUCGAUGACUUCCCCAGCCCCCGGCUGCUGGCCACCUACCUGAAGUUCCUCGAUAAAAACAAACCCAACUACAGGAGGUAUUUCGCCUGGAGGAAGAAGUACGAAGUCCACGUCACCUCGUUCUGGGACGAGCAUUUCUGCAAGGUUUGUGAGGCCGUGAGGGCAGCCGGGAAUCAAAUCAAGACUGUUCGAAAUCUGGCCAGCUGGUUUGAAAGCUGA